AGGUCUGGGCAGCGGAUGGGAAGAACAAGCCAAGGUUUCAACAAAGUUGAGCGUACCAAAACCCCUCGCCGUACUUGGCGUGCAUGGCACGUGGCUCAGCUCAUCUUCCUCCCACAUUCCAUUUGAUAGGUACGUUUCUGUUUCUGGAGGUGGCGAAGAGAGCCAGCUUCAACCGGGACAGUCUUAAAUGUCAGAACAAGAGGGAACUUUUUCUCAAGGCGGAAACUGUAGUACACGUGUAGUAUCAGCAGUGAGUAACAGGGUGCAUGUCCACGAACGAAUAACUUUGUAAGUUAGGUGGGGUAUUGUUGACGUAGCUGGGUCCUCUCUUUUGUGUUUCCUCCAGUUGCACAUGGGUACUCUGACAUGGCAUGUACAAAGAAAGAAGCUCAAGUCGACGAGGGAAAGACUCGAUCCGGUAUGGUUCUGGCGCAUCUUCUCGUUGCCAUGGUUGAUGUUAAUGGCUGGCGAGGAUCAGCGACAACGAUCGCAUGCCUUCCGCUAUCACCUUAAACGCCAUUGACGUCACACGACCAGAGCCAAUCAACCAAUUGAAGAAGACGACGAUACUCCCUCAGCCGCCCCAGCUCCGAGAAGCUUUGCUGCUGAAUGAAAAUGUCAAACACAUCACGCAUCCAUGCAAGUGUCAACUGUCGACCACUUUAUCAAUAGUACUAUCCAACCUCGUUCACAUCCACAAUGCUGCCUACCUAGCGUCUGCUGAAAGUCAGCACAUGGUUGUAAAUUUAAUACUACCUAAGCUUGCCUUACCUUAAAGCCGUUCUCAUCUGUGUACCUACUUAAUCAGGCAGGAUGAGGACAGCUAGGUAAGGAUGAAUGGCUUUCUCCAUAAGCAGUUGUUGACGAUUGUGGCAAAACCGACGACCUGCACUUGUUCUUCAACAAGCUUUUAGUGGUUACCAGCUCUGGCCUCGGUAUUCAUACUGGUAAUACUUGGGUAUCUAGAUAGCAAAUGUUUUGUCGAGUGUGCUUGGCCAGCGUUUAGUUGAGUAUGUAAACAAACUCAAGGUCGGUGAUUCU